GAGGGCGCUUGAUCGGACAAGUUGUUAGUGGCAGCAAAGUUAUCGAAAUUGAGUCGAAAAUGCUUGUGACUGAUGACCACUGGCAUGCGGUGUACUGGGAAGUUAGCACUGAUGGAAUGAUGCUGAAUGUGGAUAACGAAAGCAACACACUGGACACUCAUAUUAUCCUGCCUCAAGUGUAUACAUGGAUUUUAGGAUCCCGAACUCAACAUGGUUUAUCAGGCUUUGCCGGUCAGUUAAGGAACGUACAUCUUUGUGGAAAUGAGAUUAUUUUGCGAUCUUUGGUAAGGAAACAAGGACGAGAUGGCGUUGAACUCGGCGAAAAAGGAACAUGCAGAAAUAGUGACUGCUUAAAUGGUGGCCAGUGUGUUGAAUUUUAUGAUAGUCAUCGAUGCAAUUGUAAUAAUACUCCCUUUGUUGGACAGAAAUGUGAGCAAGAUGUUGGUAUGUCAGUGCCGAAAGGCUCGGAGCUGGCGAUACCGUGGCAGCAUCCGGCUCACGUCUCAUCUUGUUUCCGCAUCGCUGUGCAAUCAUUUUCAUCGAACUACUCAUUAAUCAGAGCCAAAGCAUUAUUUGCUGACUGCCAGUUUAAUCUAACCGUCAAUGCAAAAGGUCGCCUUGAACUCUCUAUUUUUGACGGCUUCUUCUUUCACCACAAAGCUGCUGACGGUGUACAUAAAUUUGAUGAUAACGAACUUGUCGAUAUUAAUGAUGAAGAUGCUAUCCGUAUCACUGGCAACUGGUCAUUCUUUCGGCAACUGAAUGUCUGGAAUUUUGUUGACAAAAAUUUCACAGGCUGUAUCACACGGCUGCAGAUUGGUGCUGGCUUCCCACUGAAGGACCCAUCAUCAGCGCGCCUUUCGUAUAAAGGCCCAAUUCGCUUUGGAACUUGCCCACACGACCAGCUGUAAGC